AGUUUCAUUCAAGUUUUACUAGGAAAUUGCUUUGCGUGUUUUGUUAAUUUCCAGUUUAAUUAAACCUAGCGACUGUUCGCAUUCAACAAGAAAAACUAUUAAAUAAGUGGAUGCGAAUUGGUACAGAUUGAUACCAAUGAUGAUCGUGCCCGAAACAUUGAUUUCCCAACUUGAUUGAAAUUCGAAUCCAGUGCCCUAUCAGCAUUUUUCUCAUGAGAUAGGCUAGCGAUGUAAAUAAACAACACCAACACCAGUGCAGACGGUGGCAACUGUCAAAACGUAAAUCAACGCCAUCUUGAUUCUUGCGAAAGAGGUUUUCGAGGUUUUCCGUCCCGCACCGGAGAAGAAACGAAAACGCGAAAAACCUCGCGCAAGAAGUUACGGUGUUAGUGAAGGAAGAAAAAUCCGUCGCGUCUUCGUUAGUUCCGUCUGGCGAUUGUGGUGUCCGAUCAACGGUAACCGCGGCGGCACUGCAACAGAAAAAGUAGCAGCAAUCCAAUCAGUGGAAAGGGUUUCAAGUUGUGUGCGGACCGUGCGAAAGCCUCAAACGUGUCAAAGAAGACAGGCAAGUUUUCCUCCUGCGAGUUUGUUGGGCGCAGUGCAAGUGCAGGAAGUUGAAAGUUUGUUAUCGGAAUAUUUUCCACAACAUUUGGGCUGAUCCGUUUAGCCGGAAACCACCCCGCGUCACCGGAAGGGUGAAUUCAAUCCGACGCGCGUUCGUGUUGUACCAGGUUCUUGCGGAAUACGGUUAUCGGAUGAGAAAGAGUGAACCUGAAGAGUGCAGGAAAUCGCCAUUUUUGGACAUUAUUUACUACUAGGUCUUGUGGCAAAUUUUGCUGGACGAAAUAAGUGUGUAAAACGUUUGGUUAACGCGAAAAAUAGCUGUGAAUAUCAAUUUGUUCAAUGAUUUUCUGAUUUCAUCAUGAAUUGAAGCUUGAGUUUCAGAGGAAUAACCUCUACAACUACACAGGUGUGAAAAAGUAAUUAGAAAAGGCAUAAGCAAGAAGAAAAAGAAGAAGAUUUUCGCGUUGAAUUCGGUGUAAAACAACUGCCCAAUGCAACAACUGUGCUGGUCAACCAUGGAAGUGCUUUAAGAAGAAACAAGUGUUUUCCUCAACCAUUUACCGUGCGGUUGGGAAAAAAAAGAGAAAAUUGCCAUUUAUCUUGCUGAAAAGGAAUAGCCAAGUGCGUAGUGCUGAACGAAAACGAGUGUUGAUAAAGUGCUAAAGUGAAGUCCCCUCGGUUAAAAAUCGUGAAAAUCAUGAGUCGUAACCGUACCAAAGGUGGUACGACCAGUUCCUCUGCCAAGAAGCAACACGAAAGCGGCUUCUACGAGGAAUACUCCUCGUCGUCCUCUUCCGCCUCGUACGGGCUGACGAAAGAUUUGAAAAGCUCGUCUGGAGGAAGCGGUAAAACUCAGUCGUCCUCCUCUUCCCGAAAUAAUCACCAGAGCCGGAAAACACCGGAAUUUAUGGCGUAUUAUAACAAAUACUACCACCAGCAAGCGGAACCGAAGCGUAAGGCUGCUUGCGAUUCGAUUGAACCGCCGGAUCUGAUCAACCAGAUUGUGGCCGAUCAGCAACUGAAGCUCCUGCAGCAAGCCGCUGCCCGGAAGAAACAACAUCAGGAACAGCACGCACUUGUGAGUAGCAGCAGCAGCAGUGGUGGUGGUAACUACCAUCAGGUACGCGAAGCGGCCGUCAUAAUUGAUUCGGAAGAUUCCGAUAAUGGCGCUGCCAGUGGAAACGAAAGUGGCAGCGAUGGUGAGACGCAUUCGCACCGAUUGCAUCACCAUCCACAGCAGCAGCAUCCGCAGAAACAUGGUAAUGGUGCAAAGUGUGUAAAGGAGGAGGAGGAAGAGGAAGAGGAUGAAGACGUAGAGGAGGAAGAGGACAAGCCGCAGGAUCAACAGAAGCAAGGGCAUCAGGAUUCGCCCAAGAAGCGAAUCGAAAAAAGCAGUAGCAGUGUCAUCUACAAUGGCACGAUCAUUGAUAAGGACGGACUGGAAAUGAUCAAGAUUUCCACCAUCAACACCAAAGUUAAACUCUGCGAAGAUGAUAAAGUCGACAUGGAUGACUUCAAGCUGCUGAAGGUCUUGGGCACUGGCGCAUACGGAAAAGUAUUUCUGGUGCGAAAAAUUGGCGGCACGGACAAUAACAAACUAUACGCCAUGAAGGUACUGAAAAAGGCCACCAUCUGUCAGAAGAAGAAGACAGCUGAGCACACCAAAACAGAGCGACAGGUGUUGGAAUCGAUCAAGCGAUCGCCCUUCCUGGUGACGAUGCACUAUGCUUUCCAAACGGAUUCCAAGCUGCACAUCAUUUUGGACUACGUCAGCGGUGGGGAGUUGUUUACCCAUCUCUACAACAAGGAACAUUUUACCGAAGAUGAGGUCCGUAUCUACAUCGCGGAAAUCAUCGUGGCCCUGGAACAACUUCACAAGUUGGGAAUCAUCUACCGGGACAUUAAGCUGGAAAACAUCCUGAUCGAUUCGGAGGGUCACAUCGUGCUGACGGAUUUCGGCCUCUCGCGGGAGUUGGUGUUCGAAAACGAGCGGGCGCACAGCUUUUGCGGUACGAUCGAGUACAUGGCACCGGAGAUAGUCAAAUCCAACCAAAACGGUCACGACGCAUCCGUCGAUUGGUGGUCGGUGGGGGUGCUAACGUUCGAACUGCUUACCGGUAGUUCGCCGUUCAGCUCCGAUGAACCCGCCACGCAGACGGAAAUAUCGAAGAAAAUCACCAACACCGAAGCGGUAAUUCCGGAUCAUCUUUCGCGGGAGGCGAAAGAUUUCAUCCGGAAACUGCUGGUCAAAGAUCCACGCCGACGGCUGGGCGGCGGGUCCGCCGAUGCUUCCGAGCUCAAAUCGCACGGUUUCUUCAAAUCGAUCAACUGGCGGCAGCUGGCAGAGAAGAAGAUUUCGGCCCCAUUCAAACCGGUCAUCGAGGACGAGCUGGACACGAACAAUUUUAGCGACGAGUUUACGCGGCAAACACCGGUCGAUUCGCCCGCCUCGGCGCCGCCCAACUCCGAACGAUUGUUCAGAGGUUAUUCGUACGUUUCGCCUAGUUUACUGUCGGGUAAAGUUGUCGAUAGACACAAGUACAUGAAAAACAAGAAUGUUCGACCACACGAGGCUUCCAUCCGAAGACACAUCAGCAAGAGCUCUCAAUUCUACAAAAAGUACGAACUUCUACCGGAUCGGGCCAUCGGCGACGGUUUGUUCUCCACCUGUCUCAAAUGCCGCCGACUGUCCUCCUCUUCCUCCGGUUCCAACCACAGCAGCAGAAGCAAUAGCAGCAGUUAUAGUAGUAAAAGUAGCAAUUACUACGCAGUCAAAGUGCUGUUCAACCAUUCGGAACCGGCGGCCUACGCCCGGCAGGAGGUCGAAGCACUGAAAGCGUGCCAAGGUCAUCCCAAUAUUGUUAAGUUUGUCGAAGCCCUCAAAGACUCCCAUCACAUCUACAUCGUACUGGAACUGCUGGACGGCGGUGAACUGCUGCAUAGGAUAAACAAGAGUAGCAGCUUUACCGACAGCCAAGCUCGGCACUACUUCCGCCAGAUGGUGCAGGCGGUGGCUUACAUGCACCAGAAAGGCAUCGCUCAUUGUGAUCUCAAGCCGGAGAAUGUGCUCUUCGAGGGGCCUAACUCGGAGCAUCUGAAACUGAUAGAUUUCAGUUUCGCCAGAAGCAUAGAGAACAACAACUGCCUGGAGUCGUCACCGAUCGCUGGCACGCUGGGUUAUACGGCACCGGAAGUGUUCGAGGGACGAUCGUACGCGCUGGAAUCCAGUGAUCUGUGGUCUCUGGGUGUGAUACUGUACACGAUGUUGUGCGGACAGGCUCCGUUUACGCCGCGGCAAUUUUUCGGGCACACAAAUCUGGCGUCGUCGGCGAAACAGAUGGAAAUCAUAAUGGACAAAAUCCGGCGGGGUUCGUUUGAUCUGACAUCGUCGGCGUGGAUGUGCGUGAGUGAAGAGGCCAAAGACUUAGUAAAACGACUGCUGACGGUUGAUCCGGAUCGGCGGAUAACGAUGGAGCAAUUGAUGGUCCAUGAGUGGUUAGAUCUGAACCGGACGGCCGGCGUGCGACGACAGUUGAAGAUGAUCUAUCCGGAACAAAGCUUGCAGCAGUUGGAAGCGAACGUGAAGAAUACCUACGAUGCAUUUAGGCGAGCGGAAGAGGAAGGUUUCCGAUUGCGGGAGGUUAGCCGGACGGCUACAGCAAACCAGCGACGCACCAAUGGGGCCAAAUCGAAAAAAUCGACCGAAAGCCAGUACAGUAGCUCGAUGGAGGAGAGCACGUCGAGUGGAAUUGGACGAAGCAAGUCCAGCAAGAGCAGUUCCAUCUCGGACAACAACGGACACCGAACGAUCAGUGUCUCGACGAAUGGUUCCGAGGUGGUUCUGAUAGACGAAGCCGGCGAUAGCGAUCAUCACUUCGAGGAGAAAGAGCUUGUGGGUCAGAAAGAGGAGAAGCAGAAACAGGAGGAUUCUAGUGAAAGCAAUAACAAUGACCUGAACGAAGUGGAAAGGAAAGCGCCAACAAGUGCGCCGGAAGAUGAAGACGACGAUGAGCUGGAUGGCGAUGAAGAGAUCGAUGACCUAUUGGCAGAUCUUGAGGAGGUUGUUGAAGAGCACAAAGCCGAGAUGGAGCAGAUGAAAAAGCAUCAUCAAAAGCCACAGCCGGAGGAAGACGAAGAAGAACCGGAGAAACAGGUGCGGAGAAGAAGCAACUCCACUGCUAGUGAUACGAGCAGUACUACCAUUCCUCUGGUGCUCGAAAAUAUGACCAAACCAUUCAAGGGUCAACAUCAGCCUGACGAAGUCGUUCAGGAAGAAGCUGACGAUGAUGACCACGAACCUGCCUUCGUCGAUUCAGUAGAACAAUUCGAUCCUAAUCUGUCGUCCUGUUCGAGGGAAUCGCUGGUUAUCGGGCUGCGAGCUUCAAUCGAUGCCGAACCGUUGGAAUUCGGGUUCGAAGAAUUCAUCUUCCGGGGUUUCGAUGAGACGGAACUGAACCGAGCAAGCCGACGGAAAUCAAUCUGCCUCAGCUUUACGAUCAACCCGUUGGGAAAAAUUCGCAAACGGCGAAUGGACUUCGAAAUGAGCUUCCACAGACCCAAGCGGAUGCGGCAGGUUGUAAGCUAUGUAUAUUAAUAAGAAACCGUUUGUUUCGAACCAAUUCUCUUUCCCUUGAGGACUAUUAUCUACACAAACCAUUAUUGUACCAUAUAUUGUUUCACUUUAUUCUUUAUGCAUUCGUUUUCCUUUAGUUGUUUCAAUCGAUCUCUUAGAAAAAAAGACAGGAAAUUCUCUUAAAAUAGUGGGGCGCAACCAGCAGCGAGCCAUCAAGUGCACUUAUUAGAGAUGUUUGUUAACGAAAUCUAAGGCAAACCCACAGGAGCCGCUGAAGACGGGCAGACCGAUAGGAAUACUAAAAAAACACACAGAGACAUUUGAAUAGGAACAAAUAGGCACCAACAUGGAUUUCUCUUUUUACUCCAGUAAAGUACAGGUACACCAUUUUUUUACUGAACUCAGAGAUAGAAAAAAAUACAAGGCAAUCGCGCAGGAAGCUGGUUGGGAUAAAAGUCACACAGUGCUAUUCGCGAUUAAAAAAAAAAACAUUAGAGUAACAACAACGCCCCGGUUUCAAGCAGUAGCCUGUAAACCAUUCGUGUACCGUAAAUGUAUCUUCUAGUUCUUCAGUUUGUAGUUCUAGUUUCUAGCCUCAUUCUCCAUAUUCCAUAUUGGUUGGUAGAGUUCGCUUUGAAAUCAGUGCAGUGGUUAUUGGAAGAUGAAUGAAGUUCAGUUUAAGUCUGGGAUUAAAGAAAGAGAAACUAAUAAAAGUUUUCACAGGAAAAGACCAACAAACUUCGAGAUGUCCACUUUUUUGGUGGAGGACUUGAAUGGAAAGCUAUAAAAUUCUCUUUAAUCAAAUCGUGCUACUAGGUAACUGCUCAUUAUACCCCACCUGUCCACUAUACCCCUCUUACCCUAAGUUCUUAUGGAAUUACUUAGUAUUGCCUCAAUGUAAUAUGAUUGUGCUACAUUAUCCCGAAUGUCACUUCCCCGAAUUCCAUUAUCCCAAAUGAGAAAAGAACGAGCAGCAUUGAAAAGAAGGCAGAAUCUCAUUCGGGGCAGUGGUCAUUUGGGGUAAUGCAGGACAACCCUAUUCGACUGCUCCACACACAGUGUAACCAGUUGGACAAACUUGAAAUUUGCCUUCGUUAAAUCAAAUCUCUUUGACUUUUAUCGCGACCGUUUUAACCGUCAAUUUGGUUUUACAACCUCUCCACACACGUUACAACCGAGCAUCAAGCCAACCAACCCUGGAUGUACAAUUGUAACAUCAUAAUGAAUUUGUUUCGUGUUCUCUGAGGGAUUUAACACUUGUUUAAGUACCUCAAGAGGCCCUUUUUGAGACUCCAAACUGCUACAAAUAGAAGCCUGAUUUGAAAGAGAAUUGCUACUCAAUUAUCGCAUCCGACUGACUACCAUUCUUCCCCCAUCGGAAUUCAUCGACCAUCCAUCACUGUGCAUAUUCUUUCAUUUACUGUCAACCCAAACUGUAUUGUACUCUCCAAAUAGACUUCCAAUGUAAAAAAAUAAAACAGAAAGAAAAUAGACCAACAGAUAGAAUGCAACAAGAUGAAACACGAAGCAGCAGGAAAUCAAAUAGACUAAACACCAGAUAAAAACCGUUAGUAGUUAUCGAUAAAAAAAAAAACAACACAAAAAGGAAGCCUUUUUAAGAAGGAAUAUUUGCCUUAAAAUAUCAUCCAUAUCAGCGCAGCAGUGGAACACAGAAGAAAAACUGAGCUGAACAUGGAACUAACACACACACAAAGAGAACGGUAAAGCACCACAAAUAGUAGUUUCCUCAAUCUGCUCUAUUAUUCCCCUCCCCUUUGUUAUUCUCCUUGAUAAAUUAUUGAACAUAAAUACCUAGGACAUUAGAUCAGUUAGCGUGUGAUCGAGUAUACAUAUAGUUAAAUCCCUAUUAGGCAUGUUGUAGACAUAAACAGUGUGAGUGUGGACCAUUUUUUUUUUAUAUUCUUUCGUUUCGUGUAGAAUGUGGUACCAUUUAUUGGACCUUGUAAAUAGUUAAUAGAAGAAAACAAAUAUAGGUAAACUAGUGACCAAACCUGGAACUCAAAACUGAAGAAAAAUCCGGUUCCUGUCUGGGGCUCAUCGGAGAAGUGUUUGUGUGCAUGGAAUAAAGGAAAAAAAGAAGUAGGACAGAGACCAACCAACAUAGGCUUAACCGGCUUAACGGUCGAAUGUAUCUCAAAGAGGUUAACGAAAAUAACAAAACAUUUUCUAGGAUGUAGAUACAUCAGCCUAUUUUAAGAAGAAAUAAAAAGUAUCAUUGAGCUGAAAACCAUUAACAGAAAAUUAUAGAAGACAUACAACAAGUAAACCAAUAAAAGAGUAAUGUCGUGAAAUAGUUAGUUCAAUUGAUUAGGGAUGAUCGUCUAGGUACAGACAAACAGAAAAAAAUAUUCUUAAAUAGGUAAAAGCAAACUUAGUUGGUAAUUUUAACUGACAACACACACAUACACAGACUAUAGAAACAAACACAUCGUAUCGUAACGUAAUCAUUUUAGUCGUAUUCUAUGAAGUUAGCUGGAACUAUACAACAAAAGAAAACACUGUAAAGACCGCGGUAUAUUAGACAAAAAAAAAAACAAAAUACAAGUAUCUCUUAGGAAGGACAAAUGGAAUACUAUUGAAUUUAUGCAAAACAAAAAUACAUUCUAGUGAAUAAAAGAAAACUGAAAAA